CAGCUCCGUCAUCAAGUCUUUUCAAAAUAACAGGUCCAUAUAAAUAUUGCUAUGGCAAAAUCGGUCACUGCAUAUGAGAAACCGAUUCCACAUAUUGGUUUACCUGAUUGGUAUGCAAAGCAAUGGGAAAUCCAGCAGACAGCAGAUACCAGAAGAGGAGAUGCUUUAGACCUCCGUAACUCAGGCAGGCUUAUUCGUGCGGAGACCAGAAUAAGAACCGAAUGGGAUACGUACAUGAAUAAUGCCAGACUCUCUGACAGGACGACUGAGCUGUCAAGGUGGCGAGAACUCUUUGAAGCCCACUUAGAACAUCUGGAAUCAGAGAUGCGUCAUUUAAGAAAUGAAAAAUGUGAGACAGAAAGGGAAUUAGAGAAUCUUAACCUGCCUCUACAGGUGACCGCUGAGUGUAUUUCCAUGAGAGAUUGUCGAAGAGGUACGGAGCUCACUUAUGACGAGCCUGACAUAGAGCUAAAAAAGGAACUUUGCAUCCUUGAGGGAGCUAAGAAAUUACUAACAGACCGGGUACAGGCAGCUUGGGAGAAAUUAAAUCGUUUAGAAGAAGUCAAGUUUACCCUUGGACUUGAUUUGGAAAAUAAAAUAGAGGCUAUCAACAUCGAUAAAGGAAACUUAAACUUGGAUGUCACUUGUGCCGACAUCAGUUAUAAGCCAAAUGCUUUGAGAAUUCCGAAGAAUGCCAUAUCUUAUGAAGCUUGGUUGGAUCACUGUCGGCACGUUAAACAUCUGGCUGACAAUGAAUUGAGUGAUACGUAUAAUUUUCGAGAGGCACUCCAGGUAACAAGACAGAGAUCCAGAAAUGAUAUAAAAGCUCAGCAAGACUUGACAGAUUUUGCACUUAGGAAAAGAAUUUAUCAAACGGAGAAAGCUCGCAAUGAGCAAGCUUGGCAGAAGCUUAAGACUAAUAAAGAAAUGGAGGAAUUACUAAAAGAAUUAAAGCAACUAGAAGAUGCUCUGAAUGCAAAGAUUGCUGCAGUGAAAUGUGCCGAAACUAGACUGGAAAACCGUAUUCACAGACCUGGUUAUGAAUUAUGCCAGGAUGAACCUGAGCUUGGUUUGAAAAACGAAGUUUUACAAUUACAACAAACAAAAGAAGACUUGCUGAACAAAAUAAACUGCACCAAAGCAACAUUUAAUGGUCUAGAGGCAUUAUUGAUCCGCAUUGAAAAAAACUUAGAUGACAAGGAACAUUCACUAAUGACCGAUGUGAUGUGCUUGGACAUGAGAGCUAGGCUAAAAACUGGUGAUCGUACUAAACUGCCUAAUGAAACUGAUCGUAACAUUGAAUUAACAAAUUUGAAGAAGCAAUUGCCGCUGGAGCCAUAAAAAAAAGGAAACUGAUGAGUCAUAGAAGCAAUAUUUGCAUUAUUAAAUUUCAAUAUCUUAUUCCUUCGGUUUCCCUUUUUAGCCACAUGUAACAAAAUCUUUUCAGUUUUCUUCCUAUUUAUUAUAAAAGUCACGAUAAAUUGAUACUAGAUAAGAGAUACUAGACUAAUAUCUGCGUA